ACUGUGGCUGCAAGCAGGAAGUUUAACCAAACGCUCAUGACGGCGCAUGCGUUGUUUGCGGAGAACGCUAGCUAGAACUGCAGUCGCCGCUAUGGGUAUAGCGCUGUGUUGAGAGAGAAAAAAAAAUACAGACAUUUUUCGUUAGGAAAGGAAAAAAGUUAAUUCUUUACAGUGUUACAAUAAAACAGAAGCAAGGGAAGAGACAAAGACGUAAUAUGUUUGGUUUGUCCCAGGUAGAAGAGUGAUGGAAAGGAUGGGUUGUACAGAAAAUGCUGUGAUAACCUGAUCAACUCCCUUCCCAACACAUUCUGCUGGCUACCUCUGUCCCUUUCUUUGUGAGAGACACUUACGCUGAUCUCACCAAUAAUGGAAUGACAUGCAUGCCAUCCUCAAAGCAUUUGAAAGGUUAAGUGGUGAAAUUUAAAGGGACGUCAGCGCUUCUGCCGGGAGGCUUAAGCUGGCCAUGGCCCAGGUCCCGACGCCCCCUCCCCCGGGGGAAAUGUCCAGCGGAGCAGUGGCUGAGAGCUGGUGCUACACACAGGUUAAAGUGGUAAAGUUUUCGUACAUGUGGACCAUAAACAACUUCAGUUUCUGCCGAGAGGAGAUGGGGGAGGUGCUGAAGAGCUCGACCUUCUCGUCGGGUCCUAACGACAAGAUGAAAUGGUGUCUGCGUGUGAACCCAAAGGGACUUGAUGAUGAAAGCAAAGAUUAUCUCUCCUUGUAUUUACUACUUGUUAGUUGUCCAAAAAGUGAAGUCAGAGCAAAGUUCAAGUUUUCUUUAUUGAAUGCAAAAAGAGAAGAAACUAAAGCUAUGGAAAGCCAAAGAGCAUACAGAUUUGUCCAAGGGAAGGACUGGGGAUUCAAAAAAUUUAUUCGGAGAGAUUUUUUGCUUGACGAGGCAAAUGGGCUCUUACCGGAUGACAAGCUCACACUGUUCUGUGAGGUGAGCGUUGUCCAGGACUCUGUGAACAUCUCCGGCCAGUCCAACAUGAACAUGCUGAAGGUUCCUGAGUGCCAGCUGUCAGAUGACCUGGGGAACCUGUGGGAAUGCUCCAGGUUCACGGACUGCAGCCUCUACGUCGGGGGGCAGGAAUUCAAGGCUCACAAAUCCAUAUUAGCAGCCAGAUCGCCUGUUUUUAAUGCCAUGUUUGAACAUGAAAUGGAGGAAAGUAAAAAGAACAGAGUAGAUAUAAGCGACGUGGACCCUGAUGUUUUUAAGGAGCUGAUGGGCUUCAUCUACACAGGGAAAGCGCCAAAUCUGGAGAAAAUGGCCGACAACUUGUUGGCCGCAGCUGACAAAUACGCACUGGAGCGCCUGAAGGUUAUGUGUGAGGAGGCUCUCUGCAGCAGCCUGUCAGUGGAGAACGUGGCAGACAUCCUCAUCCUCGCAGACCUGCACAGCGCCGAGCAGCUCAAAGCACAAGCCAUAGAUUUUAUCAACAGGUGCAGCGUCCUCCGACAGCUGGGCUGCAAAGACGGAAAAAACUGGAAUAACAAUCACGCGACGGACAUAAUGGAGACGGCGGGCUGGAAGUCCAUGAUCCAGUCCCACCCUCACUUAGUGGCAGAGGCCUUCCGCGCCCUGGCCUCGGCCCAGUGCCCCCCCUUCGGCCUGCCCCGAAAGCGCCUAAAACAGUCCUGACUGCCCCGGCCCUUUCACAGACUUUUACAGGAGAAAACACAAAGGAGUCCGCUGGCAUUGCUGCGCCCGCCCCCUCCCCACAGCGAACGAGUGCACAGGCCGAACCGCUUCCGGUCCAGAGCGGUCGCCCCCGCUUCUCGGGCGGGAGGCGGGGGGCGGGGGGAGGGGGAGGGGCGGGCACAAGGCAAAAACACAGCGGUGUCCUGCAUCGCUUCUUCAACAGAUGGAGUUUGCUUUUGGUCUUUCAGCUUUAUUUACAAUCUUUUCUGUGAUUUCAAAAGGCCUUAAACUGUCUGCCAUUGCUCCAGAGUUUAUAUUGUUACUUCCGUAUUUAACUGUGUGCCUGUCUAAGAGACCAGACCUCCAGAUUGCACUAGUUCCCAUAAUGCAGCAGUUUUGAUAUGGAGUUCUAUAGGAAUGUUUCAGUAUGUGUUUGAUUAAUGGGAGAUGUUGUGUAUCAGUAAUGUUUAGCUCCUUUUGUGACUAGACAUUAAACACGUGUGAACAUUUUGAGUGCAAGGUCAUUUCUCUUUACUCUUUUUAAAUGACUGAUAUGCCCCAUAUUGAUGGCAACAUUUUCAUGGAAAGACACAAGUUUACCAUCUUCAGAUAACCGCUGUAAAAGUCAAUUAGACCUACGAGGUGAAAAUACUUGUGUAACUUGGUAUGCUUUGUGAGAAUUAUUUUGUAUGUUGUAUACAGAUGAUGGAACGCAUAUGUCUAUAUUCUGCACCUUCUUAAAUAUUGGAUAAAUAUGAAUAUGUUUACUAUUGUCUGUGUACAGCAAAUAUCUGUUACACAUGCAUUAACUUACUUUAUUUUUCAAUUUAUUUCCACCAUACAGAUCAUUAAUUUCUGUCAUGUGAUUAGCUUUCCAUGUUUCUUAUCAAGUGGCAAAGCUCUGAAUGUUCUGGAGUAUAUAUUCUGUGGUUAAAAGAAAAGAGGUUCUGGAAUCAGUGGUAUACAUGCAUGGCUCUGUAUUGUGGGAAAGGCAUUGGUACUCUUUUUCCUUCAGUGAUAUACAUUUCCUUGUAAGAAUUCAAUUGAGUGGAGUUCAUUUAAUCCAUGCACAAUGGAUAGUAACCACAAAACACUUUGGCAAUAUCUGAGCGUCUGAAUGCCAGUGCUGUCAUCCCUAUGUGCUGUGUGUAACAAUGUGUUAACUCUCAUAACAGUGAUCUUACUGGAGCCUUAAAAUAUACAUUUUUCUCAACAUA